AAACAAAAACCCAAAUAUUGGAUGAAAUUGGAAAAUAUUCGACAUUAGAUUACUGUCAAUAUUAAAAUAAAAAUGCAUGAUGCUUACGAGGCAACUGCAAUAUUAAAAUUAACUGUUCAAAUUGAAUCGAUAGCAGCUUAUGAUGAUAAUUUACUAAUUGGCACAAGGGAAGGACAUUUGUUAAUGUACAAUGUCCCUUCAAAGUCUAAUGAUCAUCACAAACUGGAAUUAUUGGGACACAAUAAAAAUUUCAAUAAAAAACGAAUUCUACAAGUUGACGUAGUGCCGGAGUAUAAUUUGUUGGUUCUUUUGACAGAUAAUAUAAUAUGUAUUCACGAUCUGAAAUCUCCGACAAUUCACCAAAUUUGUCAACUACCGAAAACUCGGGGUGCAACUCUCUUUGCAUUGGAUAUGCAAAAACAAGAAAGUUUGACAGGAGAAAAAAAUACGACAGUUCGUUUAUGCGUUGCAGUGAAGAGAAAACUUCAAUUGUACUACUGGAAGGAGAAAAUUAAGAGUUUCGAAGAUUUUUUGAAAACUGAAUUGACUGUUUCUGACAUUCCGAGACAAUUAGCAUGGUGUGGUGAGACACUUGUCCUGGGAUUUCGCAGUUUUUCCUACACUUUAAUGGAUUUUAACGGUACCAUAAAGGAAUUAUUUCCCACGGGUAAAUCGCCCGAACCUAGUGUCACUAAAUUAUCGAAUACCUCAUUCGCUUUGGGAAAAGAUUCUCAAUCGAUUAUUAUGGACACCAAGGGGGAUUUAGUGCAACACAAUCCGAUCAAAUGGUCCGAUUCUCCUAGCGAAAUAGCGUCCGACGAUCCGUACCUUUUGGGUAUCGUACACGAUUCUUUGGAAGUUUACACUCUAGAAGGUUGUCAACAUAUUCAAACUUUACCAGAAUUAAAUAAAGCAAGAUUUAUUUACCGUUGUAAACAAGGAAGAGUUUAUGUCGCAUCAAUAAGUCAAGUAUGGUGUGUAAAUGCCGUCGAUUUAGCCCAGCAAAUAAGAACUCUGCUCGAGAAUAACCAAUUUCAACUUGCUCUGAAACUGACGAACCUUUCGGACAUAAAAGAAGAGGAAAAGUCGAAGAAGACCCACAAAAUACAGACAUUAUACGCGCAUCAUCUUUUUUACAAUAAAAAAUUCCAGGAGGCAAUGGAACAAUUUCUGAAACUCGGAACUGAUCCGUACGAAGUCAUCAGAUUGUUUCCAGACUUAGUGUCACAAUCGAACGUGAAUGAAAGCAAUGAACCAGUGGCGGGUCUUCCGAAACUUCAGGAUCGUGAUUUGGAAAAUGGUUUACUCGCUCUUAUUGCCUAUUUGACGGAAGUGAGACACAAAUUAUUGGGAGACACUCACUUGCAGGGUAAAGAUAAAAAUGAGAAGGGAAAAGAGAAAGACGAAAAGGGAAAUAAUAUGACGGCUGUUGCUACACAACAAUUGUUGAAAAUUAUAGACACAACCUUAUUAAAAUGCUACCUACAGACUAAUGAUGCUUUAGUGGCUCCGUUAUUGAGAUUAAAUCACUGUCAUCUUGCGGAGGCUGAGAAAACUUUGAUAAUGCAUCAGAAAUAUCCAGAAUUGAUUAUUCUCUAUCAAACGAAAGGUCAGCACAAAAAGGCUUUGGAACUCUUGGAAAAGCAAUCGAAAGAAAAUGAUUCUAGUCUAAAAGGUACCGAGAGGACGAUUCAAUAUUUACAACAUUUGGGACGAGAUCAUAUGGAUUUGAUACUAAAAUUUGCCGGAUGGGUUCUCGAGCAAGACCCAGGGGAAGGUCUUCGUAUUUUUAUGGAAGAUAUUCUGGAAGUGGAACAACUGCCGAGACCAAAAGUUCUCGAUUAUCUCCUGCGCUUUCAUAAAGAAACUGUGAUAACUUAUUUGGAGCACGUUGUUUACAUUUGGGAAGACACGAAUCCACUGUUUCAUAAUGUUUUGGUUCAUCAGUAUAAAGAAAAGUGUUUGGCUUCAAUGAGCGAAAAUGCAACACCUGCAGAAAAGCAAAAUGCCCAACACGUGAGACAAAAAUUGCAGCAAUUUUUGCAAAAAUCAACAUACUAUACACCGGAAACUGUACUACGAGAUUUUCCCUACGAAUGUCUGUUCGAGGAACGAGCGAUUAUUUUAGGAAGACUUGGUCGUCACAAACAGGCUAUUUCGAUUUACAUUAAUUUAUUGAAUGACGUGCCGAAGGCUAUUCAAUACUGCAACAAUGUUUACGCAAAAUUCGAAAGUCAAAGCGGUGCGGACGUUAAUAAACAAGACGGUUCCGAUGAAGUGCACAUAACACUAAUUCAACAAUUAUUAAAACCGGAUAACGAUGGAGUUUCCGAUCUAAUGAUGGCUGGUCAUGUUCCGGAAAUGCAGAGGACUGCUCAACCGGAUUUGGAGACAGCUUUGGAAUUACUGGAGGAACAUGCUUCGAAAAUUAAACCUUUGAAAGUUCUUGAAGUUCUGCCGGAUAAUGUUCCAAUUGGAAGGAUAAAACAUUUUUUGGAAGCAAGUUUGCAGAAUAAUAUUAAUGAAAAAAGACGAAUGCAGGUGCUGAAGGGGCUUCUUUACGCCGAACAUUUACAAGUUCAAGAACAACGGAUGCACUAUCAAUCGCAAAGUGUUCUCAUGACUGAAUUCAAUGUAUGUCCCGUUUGUAAAAAGAGAUUUGGCAACCAAAGUGCAUUCGCAAGAUACCCGAAUGGCGAUAUUGUGCAUUAUUCCUGUCAAGUGCGAAAAAUGUAAUUUUCUAUCUACUCAAAGAUAUUCUCAAUUUGAUUGAGGAAAAAUCCGUUUGAUUGAGAAAAAGAGACGUUUUGCAAAUAGUCGAAACGGACAGUUUGCCAUAUUUAAAGACAUUUAUAAAUAUUAAAGUUUUUUAUAUUAAUUAAUAGGUUAGGAUUUAUGUAAAUAUUUUAGAAUAUUUUUUUGAAAUUUUGUUAUAUAAAAUAUCUUUCGAUAAUAUUGUAUAGAUAGAAAUUUGUAAAAUAAAUAUGAAUUUAUAAUUCUGCAA